AUGUGCGCGGAAGACGUUGAGAAGCUUAUGAAUGACCGACUUCGAGACUUGAAGACUGGCGGGAACCUCGAAGAUACACUACGUAAGGAGAUGGACCAGGUGAUCUCUACUCCUUUCACCCCUGAAAUCGAGCAGGCUGCUCCCCCGAAGCGAUUCUCAACGCCUUCGUUUACGCAUUUCAAGGGAGAUUUCGAUCCCGAGAGCCACCUAAAACACUUCAAAAGUGUCAUGAUCCUCCACAAGGCCGACGACGCACUGAUGUGCAAGGCGUUUGCAAUGACCUUGCGAGGAGCAGCUCAGGACUGGUUCCACACCCUGCCAUCCGGGUCGAUCAACAGUUUCAAGGAGCUUGCCUAUGUCUUCACAAAAGAAUACACUGCUUAUCGGACAAUCAAGAAGAACCCAGAUCAUCUGCUCAACCUGCGCAAGAAGCCCGACGAAUCUAUUCGAGAUUACAUCAAGAGGUUCAAAGUAGAAAAUGCCAACAUCGUAGGGUGCGACGACCAAAUCGCAUCAUCUGCCUUCAAGAAAGGUCUUCUAAUAGAACACGAAUUAUACCGCGAGCUGACUAUCACUCCCAGCCAGACUUUAGCAGAGGUCUUCGCGACCCCAAAACGCUACGCGCUCUGGGAUGACGAUCGAAUUGCCACGAAGAAGUCCACUGAGCAGGGAGAUCGGCCGACCAAGCGGGCGGGCCAAAGAAGCGAUGAAUUUAGCAACAAGAAUAAGGACAAGUGCAGGUCACACCCGCAAGGGGACGUUAAGGAAGGAGAGAACUACACCAAGUUCACCAUCCCUAUACAUCAAAUCCUAGCCCAAGUGAAAAACAAACCUUGGGUAAGAAGACCGCCACCCUUGAAAGGAGAUCCAGACAUGAGGGAUACUAGCAAAUACUGUGCCUUCCAUGGGACGCAUGAACACACUACGAACAACUGCUUUGCUUGA